AUGGAAAUACACUGUAAGCACGACCCGUUUGCAUCCAUGCAUAGACAUGGAGGAGUGAAUCAGCUUGGGGGGGUUUUUGUGAACGGACGGCCACUUCCAGAUGUAGUCCGCCAAAGGAUAGUGGAACUUGCUCAUCAAGGUGUCAGGCCCUGCGACAUCUCCAGGCAGCUUCGGGUCAGCCAUGGUUGUGUCAGCAAAAUUCUUGGCAGGUAUUAUGAGACAGGAAGCAUCAAGCCUGGGGUGAUUGGAGGAUCCAAACCAAAGGUCGCCACGCCCAAAGUGGUAGAAAAAAUCGCUGAGUACAAACGCCAAAAUCCCACCAUGUUUGCUUGGGAGAUCAGGGACCGGCUGCUGGCGGAGCGAGUGUGUGACAAUGACACGGUGCCCAGUGUCAGUUCCAUCAACAGGAUCAUCCGGACAAAAGUUCAGCAGCCCCCCAACCAGCCGGUCCCGGCUUCCAGUCACAGCAUAGUGUCCACGGGCUCUGUGACACAGGUGUCCUCAGUGAGCACCGACUCAGCCGGCUCGUCAUACUCCAUCAGCGGCAUCCUGGGCAUCACGUCUCCCAGCGCCGACACCAACAAGCGCAAGAGAGAUGAAGGUAUUCAGGACUCUCCGGUGCCGAAUGGUCACUCACUGCCAGGCAGAGAUUUCCUUCGGAAGCAGAUGCGGGGAGACCUGUUCACGCAGCAGCAGCUGGAGGUCCUGGACCGCGUGUUUGAGAGGCAGCACUACUCAGACCUCUUCACCACCACGGAGCCCAUCAAGCCAGAGCAGACCACCGAGUAUUCAGCCAUGGCCUCACUGGCCGGAGGGCUGGACGACAUGAAGGCCAACCUGACCAGCCCCACCCCCGCGGACAUCGGAAGCAGCGUGCCGGGCCCACAGUCCUACCCCAUUGUGACAGGCCGCGACUUGGCAAGCACGACCCUCCCCGGGUACCCUCCGCACGUCCCCCCCGCCGGACAGGGCAGCUACUCGGCGCCGACGCUGACAGGGAUGGUGCCUGGGAGUGAGUUCUCCGGGAGUCCCUAUAGCCAUCCUCAGUAUUCCUCGUACAACGACUCCUGGAGGUUCCCCAACCCGGGGCUGCUUGGCUCCCCUUACUAUUACAGCGCGGCUGCUCGAGGAGCCGCCCCACCUGCAGCCGCCACUGCCUAUGACCGUCACUGACCCUCGGAGACAGGCGGGCGCCAAGCACUUAUGACACAUAUCACUGAGAGAGAUAGCCUCCCAGCCUCCCCACCAAGACAACCAGAGGGGCCCAACAAGACCGUCCCCCAGCCAGCCCCCACUCACCCAAGUCUCCCUCCCUCCCCUUUUCCUGCCAGGGACGCAGGUUCUAUGGUAGGCCUGUUGGACUUCCGGACCUUCAUCCGAUUCAAGUGUCAGUCAGCGAGCUUCUCCCAGUGGUAACCAGAUUUCUGCAAACCAAUAGACUUUACCAGACAACUGCAGCCCAGCCCAACCUGCCAGUCCCCCAGCUGUCUGACCAUCUGUGCAUCUUAUUCACCGCAGGUCUGGGAAGGAGAGCUAGCUUGUUUCUUCAACAGCCCCCAUGUAUAUACCUUCUUGCUUUUCUGUGGGCCUCAAGGUCCAAAUGAGCAGACUUCCCAUCCCAUGAUGAGCCCAUAGUGUCACAGGACAUUUUCAGCCUGACUGCACAGAGUGUCUCCUCCGCCUUGAGUGCUCCUAUCAGGUGGGCUUGAAGCUGUCCUGAGACCAAGGAUGUCCACCAAAGGGCCCCCGGCCCCUGCUCGUUCCUACUGCUCUAGUGUCUUCACUAGGAGUCUCACUGGGCUGGUUGGGCUGCAAGCUUCCCCCUGACGUCUCCCUGAGGAAUACACUUUAGGGAGGUGCCCUGGGGCCACCGCAGUGUGAGCAGCUCUUUUCCAGAUCUGAGGACUCAAAGAGAACAGACUGGGAGAGCCUUCAGCUGCUGUUCUAAAGUAAGAGGUCAUCCAAGUGUCGAUCAUGUCAUGGACUUUGAAUGUCAGGGCUGGGUGGGAUCGGAGGUCAGCUGAUCUAGGCCAGGGAGGGGCCUGAGGCUCUCCUGACCCCCUCAGAUGCUGGAACCGCUGAAUGGAAUUGGAAUGUUUUCUGAGUCACACCCAGGCUCGAAUCACUUUGGACACCUGCCAUGGCCACCUCACCCACCCACCCUCCAGGAUCCCAGCAAGUGGAUUCUGGGCAAGCCUGUUCCAGUGAUAGAGACAACGGUUAGUAACAAGGACUUUCCCAGCACCACGGACCACAGCAUCUACAGCAGUCGGCCAGAACCUCUGAGCCUCCUCUCCAAGCAGCACCUCCCUGACCUCCUGGAGCUGAGCAUGCGGCUGGGUCCGGAGGCACUGGGGUAGGGAACAGAUGCCUGACUCCUUACAGUGUAGGCCUACCUGUUGAUACAAGGAUGGUCAGAGCUGUGGCCAAGGCCAUGAGAGCUCAGAGAGGGAGCUUGGGGAAUUUAUUGGGGGCCAGGCUGGUCAGAGGAAGUCAGCUGGGAAGACAUGGGAGACAGAGAAAGGCCUCCUGAGGGAGGGACGGAACCAGCAGGGGUGAACUGGGUGUGACCCGGGACUGGUUUUGAGAUGGGGGCACCAGGUGCUGCCAUCUCUUCACCUGGAACCUCAAUUCCUUGCACAGUCCCUCUCGUCAACUUACAAUAGCCAGGGUGCCCCUGUCCAAAACCAGGCUGAAUCACAGCCAUGACAGCAGGCUUGGUCAUCUCAUAUGACAGUCGCUCAUGUCCGUAUGUCACCAGGUUAGCAGAGAGCUGGGGUAGAAAGAGCCUGGACUUGGGAUCAUCAGGCCCAGCAGGUCUUGUCCUGGCUACACCUCUGCUUUACUGGAAGUCCUCAAACAAGACCCUUUGCCUCUCUGAGCCUUGGCUAACUUGUUACGGCAGGGUUGCCUGACUGCUUUCUUUUUCUCUUCCUCCCUCCUAGGGUGCUGGGACUGUGAUAGGGUCAUCUGGGGCCGAUCCUCCAUUUUUGAGCAAGCAUAUGGGGGCAGACACCUGAGUCCUGCUAAUGUGUGGAUCCGCUCUGAGGGUGGGGAUUACAAGGGUCUUGAAAAAGACCUAGUCUGGCUACCCUAGGGGAAACUGAAGGCAGCUUAAGGAAACCCAGGACCAUGCAGAGAGUCAGAGAAGACCUCCUCUGGCCAUCCCCAAGUGUUUUAUCCCCUAGACCCCCAGAGACUGGUGGAAUAGAAGGGACUGAGGCUCAGUAAAGUGGAUUCCCUUGCAGUGACUGGUGGAAGGAGGACUGGGACUUGAGCCCUGGACCCCUAACGCAAGGUGAUCCCUGUCAUCCCCAUCUAUCAUCUCAUAUCUCCCAGUGGUAGGAGUUGACAGUGAGGAUAGCAAGAGAGGUUUCUGCUCUAAACUGGUGUCUGGGGCCGUUAGAAUUGCCAAGGAAGCCCAGGCACCAGGCCAGGGGUGGAGCCCAGUGAGCUCACGGCAGGUACACCUGCCCCUGUGGAACCCUCUGGGCAGAGAAGGAAGGCAGCUGGGGCCAGAGCCCCCUCCAGGAGCUGAGGUGAACUGGCCCCAGCCUCCACCUGCCAGGUAAGGGUGGAGAAGGAUGUUACCUGGCUCCUCCCUUUCUCCCUCCCACCCCUCACAGGAAGUGGUGUGGGGGGGUCCUUGGCAUAGGCCUCUCGGGCCUCUGCCCCCAGCCACUCCUCUCUUGGAAUGAUGUGCACCUACAUCUUUGGGUCCUUAUGGUCUCAGGCUUUGGGAGGAAGUCAGCCCCCACUGAACCAGCUGCUGAAGACCCGUACCAUACUUCCUCCGCAGAGCCCACCUGGCACCACAGCGGCCCCUGCCCCUGUCCCAUUCCUGAUCUUGCCCCUGUAAUGGGCUCCCUCUAAGUUCUUCCUCUCUCACCUGAGGCCUUGCUGGUCCUCAGGCUGGAUCUGUAUUUAUUAGACAACCCCACGACUCCUGGCAGAAGCACAAGAGCACACAGAUGCACACGGAAGUUCACACACACACCUGCUCCCAUGGAUUCACAGCUCCCAGGCUACCUAGCGGAACGGCCCGGGGGCUUGGAGAGAACAGUCUCAAAGGACACAGGUGGUUGAAUAGAUGCCAGAGAAUUCUGAAUGGAAAUCCUGAGUCCAGGGCCUCACCAGCAUCACAGCAGGGGCCUGGGGCCUUCCUCCAUGGGCCCUGAGCUGUGUGUUCCAGUCUGACUUUUUGAAUGAGGACAUUUCAUACCAUUCCUCUAACUCCAACCUGGAGAAAUUUGAUAACAUAUCAAACCCACCAUCCCAUUCCCAAGGCGUGCUGGUUCGGGUUAGUGCUUUCCUACCUACGUUGUACGGUGCUUUGCAAUCCUUGACCGAUGCCCACUUUGGAUGGGGAGAUUGACAUUUGGGGCUCACCAGGUAAGACAGAGAUGAAAUGAAUUCUCUGAUACCUGGGCCCCAUUCUUUCCCUCAGAGUUGUGCUCCUGUUGUGGGACUAUAUGACUUGAAGACUCCUGUCUCUUAAUCCUCCAGACCCCCCCAGACCCACGAUGAGGAAAGAGCAGGGCCUGAGGUUGGCCUGUGAAAGGGCCCUGGGGUUAGUGGACUUGUCAGUCUCACUUGAUUCCAUUAACACUGAAACCUGUAGUCUUCGCCCAGACUCACACCAGUGCUUCUGAGAUUUCAUCCAGGCUCCUCCCCUGCUGCACCUUGAGGCUCAGAGUGGUCAGACCUCCAAGGCCACUCUAUGAUGCGUGGUAGGCCCAGCUCCAACUCUCAGGGUGCAGGGCACUAGUGUCAUAUGCUGUCCCCUUAUUCCUCUUUGCUCAUUUUGAUUUGGGGCAAACUGUGACAAUAUGCAGGAGUGCCUGAGCUAGGACCUCAGGAUUCCCACAAGCCCAAAAAACACAGAUGGCAAUCUCAAGGGCCCUGAACUAACUGCUUUCCCAGCCAGACAGGUGAUGUGUCCACCCCCCAGACAGGGUAAGAGGCAGCAUGGUGUGGUGGGGCCCAAGACACCCAGGAGCGUGUUUGCCUGCUGAGUGGCAUUCGAAGGUAGAAACUUGUAAAACACUCUGUCAACCACGAGAAAAGUAUAUCUGUGAUCCAAAUCUGACCCACUGGCCCUCAGCUUGUGACCCCCAUCUUUGUUGAAUGCCCCCUUUCUUCCUCACCUCCUUGUCCUUCAUCAUACAUUUGGAGGAGGUGGGAGCCCAGAGAAGUGAGAGGUGUGCUUUGGGUCAUCUAGCAAGUGGGUGACAGAAGCAGGCAAAGCCACCCUUCCGGCCACAUCCUGGGCUCUUGCUUUGAAAAGAAUGAAUUUAUUCAUUUAGUUCUCUUGGCCUGCUCUUGCAGGGUGGGGUGGAUGGCAGAGGCCGUGGUUCAGUUGUUAAGGGGAAGCAAAUGCUGCCGGGCCUUUCACACGUACAGGGAAGAACCCCGACUGUGGCCACAGGGCACUGAUGGGUCAAAUCCCCUCAUGAAGAGUCACACCCCAGAGUGAUUGCCUGCCUCUGGAGCCUUGGCUCCAGCCACCCCCUUGUGGACCACAUUUCUGCAGGAGUUUAGCUCCAAGGCAUGGGGAGCAAAUCUGAAAAACAAAGCCCGCUCUCCCUACAGAUACCUGGAAGUGAUUAUGUUUGAGACACAGCGUCCCAAGAGGGUAGAGAAAAACCCAGGCCCUUGGAUAGGCCAGGUCCAGGUAGAGUGGGCUGCCCCCAUAGGACUCUGGGCUAGACCAACUCCACAGCAGCCCUGCCGAGAGGCUGGCACUACAGCCCUGGCCUUGCCACCCACCUGGAGCCUGCCUGUGAUGGUUUCUACGCACACACAUUGGUGUUCCUGGUGAAUAUAUUCCUUUAGUUCUUUUGGCCUUGGAGAGGUCUGAGGCAAGUGCAUUUCUUAAAAGAUAACAAAAUACAUGAUUGGAAAGUUAGACAGUCAGGCCGCGACUCCUAGCCUGCAGUCUGCCCCACCUCUGGUGGCCCCUUCAGCCCCUUGUCCCCGGACCUCAGGAUUCCCUCUUGCAUAUUCAUGGGGGAGCCACAGUGUUGAUAAGCACUCCCCCACUGUCAGCUCAGGCAGCCAGGUCCCCAGAGGUGGCUGCAGAGGAUGGCAGUGAGUCCCUUAGCCUGGGAGCAGCAGGCUCCAGUCUUCCUUUCAUUCUCUGGUAAUUCCUCAGCACCAAGGGGGGCCCCAUUCCUGGACUCCCUGAGUAUUGAAGGGGAUCUAGGAUCAUGUCACUGCCAUUUGAGACCUUCAGUUCAGGGGAUCCGUUUAGCUCAUCUCCAAGUUGGAGGUAUGUCUACAUAUUCUUUUGCCCACAUCUUAGACCCCUGAGCAGCACAAGAAGAAAACAUAGCUCUGCUGUCUGUACCACGAGUAUCUCAAUGGAUGCUCUAGAGGCGUUGGCUCAGGGUGGGCUCUUGGCCUGUGGCGGGAGAGACAGAGGGCCAGCUCUGCCCUUCAGCUUUUUGGGCUCUGAGCAGAGCACCGGGAGGGAAGCAGAUAAAACAGCAGAGUGGAGGGCUCGGCAGUUCUAUGUCCUGCUCUGUGACUCAGACCAGACUGAGGGAGGCCAUGUUGCAGAUUCACCUGCCCCAGCGAGGGUCCACCGACCCUGUGGCUACGGCUUUUGGGCCACCCUUGUCCCCCAAAUUACCAUGCUUAUGGUCACAUUCCUCAUCUUCUCCAAUAGCACCAUUAAGAACAAGUGAUUUUGGAUGAUGGAUUUUUGAUUUACAAACGGUGCAUUUUCCUUGGAGUGGAACAGAAAGGAAACCAUUUAAUGGCUCCCUUAUUUUCAAGCAUGAAUACAUUUUAAUGAAACUAUUUUAUUGUAUUUGAGGAAAUGGAGAGUUGAACAUUCCAACCAAUCAAUAGCCAAUUAAUUGCUAUCAAGCUAAAAAGAAAAUAAAUAAAUCCCGAGUCUAUUUUAAACACCCUGCCAAGUUCAGAGCCUCGGAAUCUGGCCUUCUGUCCGUGGUGUGCGCACCGGAGCGUGUGCACGGGCGCACGCACGCACCCCGAGACCUCAUACGUACUUGAAACUCAGAAAAAGUGCUGAGUCUCCUCAUGCCAAGUCUUGCCUGCUCUCCUUGCCUUUGGUCACAGAAGGUGAGCAGACCUGGCAGCAGCCUGUUCUGGGGCUCAGGAAGAGGCAGACCUGUCCCCUGGCCCCAAGUCACCAGCACAGUGUGGGGGAGUGGGCAGUGAGGGCCUGGCAUUGCUGGGGCCACACUUCUCGGUCCCCACUGUUGGGCCUCCCGUGUAGGGCUGAGGAUGGGAUUCCCACUCUGGUUUGGCCCUGAGUCCUGCUGGAAGAUGCUGCCCUGGUUUUCCACCCUCGAGUGGCCUUUGGACAUUGAGUAUUUGUAGAAAUGCAGAUUACAUUGCAAAUGGAACUCUCUGCCAGGAAGACACAUGGAUUUUGCUUUUCAUUCUUUGAGACAGUUGACUUUGUCUUAGGGACAAAUCUUCCAGCAUCAAAGAAAUACAUAUCUACUGUAUCCGCCAAAGUUUGUGAUGCCUGCAUAGACGCUUACUUAUUAAAAAAAAAAAAAAUACAAAAAAAACAACAAAAAAAUUGAAUUGCCUUUGAAAGUCGGAGAUGAUCUUUCUCCAACAGAUUGAAAAAAAAAUGCUUCCUAAAAAUGUGUAUGUUUUGUAUUCUUUUUUUCUAGUAGAAAAAUAACUGACUUGAAAUAUUGGUGGUUUUUUCCUUUCUUAGUGACGUGUGUUGCUUUUGUGUGUAAUGAUAUUUGAAUGUAAUUACAGCAGUGCCAAUUUGCCAAAGAUGUUGGACAUAUUUUUCUU